AUCGCCAUUUGUUUUGUGUAACUCUCGUAUUUCGUAGAUUGUCAUAAAAUUUGUAGAAGCACACAAAACAAGUUCUGCAAAAAUAUCUUGUUUUAGUCAAACACGAAAUAUUGAGCAAGUACUUAGUCCGUUUGAUUGUGGAAAUAAAAUCUCUCCGUUUUCGGGAUAAAAUAAAUUUCUGAAUUUUGUAUUUUGUUUCCUUCUUGCGUGUUUUUAAUUAUUGUUUUUUUAAAUCAAGGAAAAGAAAAAGUCCUGCCAUCCCGCAACAGUUUGAUUCCCAGUUUUUUGGUUUUACUUUUUUUUGUGGUCUCCGUUUGGUCGAAACAAUUUAUUGCAAAAUUCUUCGUUUUAUUUCACCGAAAUCAAAGCACAUUCAACUUCAAAUCAACUCAAGGGCUCCAAGUCUUUAAAACAAUUGAAGGGACGUUAUACACUGGAAAAGUCAUGAACAGGAAUUUUAAAUCCAAAAAAGAUGCGUCUCCACUCACAACCAGCACCGAAUCAGAGUCUUUCGAUACGUGGACUGUGAUAACAGACAAAUCGAAAGAAUUAACUCGAGAAGAGAUACCCUCGCCUCCACCUACACCUGAAAAAAGUGAAGAGGAAGAUGAAAGUAGUGAAGAUGCUGUACGCGUUGAGGUCUUACAAGCAUCUGUUGAUAAAUUGGAAAAUAGAUACAGCGAACUCGAUGAUAUUUCAGAUGGUAUCUCAAUCAUAAGCGAUUGUGAAAGCGUCGGAAGGAUGUCUCCGCACCCAGAGCUGCGCAAGCAUCUAUCAGAAUUGAACAUGCGAUUUGUUGAUGUGUUACAACCUUCGUUAAGAAUGACAAAUUCAGCUGGCGACAAUACUUCACGAUUCUAUGAAGGUAGCUCGGAACGAUCUUCUGAUGUUUUCCAUCAAGUAGAACCACUGUUGGAAAACAACAGAAAAUCGCGAAGAGCAUCAGAACGCCAGAUGGCAAAUUCACCAGACUUUCAACCGACACUGCGAUCUGGAUUACGAGGACUUUUCUAUGUUGGAGCAUUUCUGGGAGUUUUGGCUUUUAUCAGCAAAUUAAAAUACGAAUCUGCGCUUGGAACCAACUCAGAUGUACUUAACCAAAAAAUAGAUGACCUAGAAUUAAAAAAUAAUCUCAUGCGAGCUGAAAUUGAUAUUCUUUCCAAGCAAGUGAACUACUUAACGACGCUUAGUGAAAAUCAGAAAUAUUCAACGUCCAACAAACCAAAGAGCAAACCGUCAAGAGAAAAGAAAAUGAAGGUUUGGCCAGGCAAUGGAAAUAACAUUGAAGAAGUCGUAAUAAGUCCCGAUGACCUUAAGACUCCAUAUAAGUGCGAGGGUCCAAAUAAUAUGGACGUAGCUGGAAUGUGCGUAGAACUGCCAAGGGCAGGUGAGAGUAUAGUUGACUCUUUGGGUGAAAAAGUAAGAUUUGUCAUAGAAGAAAGUGAUCACUUUACGAACUUUGAAAAAGUUUUUGAUAAAUUGGUCAAACUGACAGAUAAUCCUUUUAGUGGAAAUGACGAAAAACCAACAGCCACCCAAGGCACUGAAAGGUUGCAGAAGCCAAAAGAAAGUACUUACACCCCCCAUGAACACAAACCUGAUAAAUAUGAGAGCAGAAAAUAUGAGAACGACCAACCAACUGACAAAUCUGAUAGAAAAAAGAACGAAAAAGAUCAAAAACUUGACAAACAUGACAAUGAAAGCAAAAAAUACGAGAACAAACGGAAAAAUUUCAAGAAGCAACAAAACUUUGACGAUAGUGGUGAAAGCAAGGAACGUUAUCGCAGAGGAGAUCGAUCAAAUGAAGACUUCAACGGUUCUGGGGAGAGAUUUAAAAAGUCCAAGGACUACAAAAAAUACGACAAAUAUUCUUCUGCCGAGCAUGAAAAUGCUAAACGAAACGCCGAUGGCGAAUGGCACGAGAAACUUAUGCACCAUCGAGAGACUUCUCGCAAAAAUAACGACAAACAUCGUCACGACAAUAAUUGGUAUAUCGAGCGUGGCGAUAGUCGAGAACAAGCUCGAGUUACUGAUCAAAAAUAUCGUUGAUUAACUUUAAUUCUGAUGUACAUUGUUCAAGUCAAUUCUUAAAGCAACAAAUCUUGUGAUCCUUUAUAUUUGUUCUUACCGUUUUCUUUUGUUCGUGUCCAUUUUUAUUUUAUUUUAUUUUAUUUUCUACUUCGGUAUAACAUACACAUUAUACAAUUAAUGCUUCCUACCAAAAUGUGAAAAAAUCAUAAAAAAAAAUAUGUAGACAAAGAGAAAAACUUAAGAAACUUUUGUGAUAAAUACUUUUUUUGAGAAAAGAAUCUUUGGCAAAAGUGAUUGCCAUUCCCCCAAAUUAAUUUGGGAAACUAUUUGAGAACAAAAAUUAUUAAAAUAAAUUAUAGAUGUUAGAGUGUAUAUUUUAAAAUAAACAACCCUAUACAAAAUA